AGAAUGGAUGGGGAGGAAAAUAAGAAGAGAGAUGAUGUUGAUGACAGUUUACAAAGUGAGUUGACAGAAGAAUCCCAGAGAAACACAUCAGGGGAAAAUGCUGGAUGUGACUCUUCAUCUCAGCUGAAAAUAAGGCUUACAUCAGAUGAAGUGUUCAGAGACCUUGAAAAGAAAAGAAAAGAGGAUGGAGCCAAAAAAAGGGCACUAUCAGGAUCACCAAACCUGGAUGGUGUUCAAGCAGACAAACCUGAAAAUGUCUCCAGAAAAAGAAAACGCAGUUCUUCAGAAGACAUGAAAGAUAGUGAAAGGAAAUUGCACAAAGUCGUAGCUGGAGAAGCAGGUAGUAUAGUAGCUGGAGCUGUAAAGAAGGAAGGAGUCGUCAGUUGUCUUGGUGAUGACAUAUUUAAUUCAAAUUUCCUGUGCCUACAUUGUGAUUUCAAAUGUGCUGAUGGUGCCAUAUUAAAAAUUCACCAGGAAAAUAAACAUUCACAAGAGGUGCCAGCUGCUGUUACUGAUAACUUAUCUUCUUCAGAAGAGAUGAGUGUUGGCUAUAAAGUUGGAAACAUAGACAAAGAUCUUAAAGGCAAAAUGAGUGAUCAGUGUUCUGAUAUGGAAGAACAUAAACCAGAAAGCCCCUCUAAACAAUCCAAAGAGCAAACAUGCCCUCACUGUAGUUGCACAGCUGAAUGUAGUUCAACAUUACAUACGCAUGUUAGGCAAGAUCAUGAGAAAUCAAAGAUAUUUUGUUGUGAUCUUUGUGGUUUUCAGAGUGCCGAGGAAAAUCUCCUAAAUUCUCAUUUCCUUGGCAAGACGCACCUUCGACGCCAAAAUCUUGCUGCACGGGGAGGAUUUGUACAGAUAUUGACAAAAAAAUCCUUUAAAAAAGCCCAAUCUACUCCAACCAAAGAGAGGAAUGUUAGAGCAAAACCUGGGACCAGUAAAUUAAGGGCCAGAACUGCUGAUGCAAAAGAAUUAAGUGCACUGAAAGGCUCAAAAGUAAGCUUGUCUAAACAAAAUGAUGGCUCUGAAUUUGUUGAAAUGAUACCAUCUUCAAAUGUUCCCACAGAAAAAAAAGAUACUAUGACAGAAGAAACGUUGCCUUCUUCCAGUGUAGAAGGAAAGCAUGAAGUCUGUACUGAAAAACUAGAAACAGCAGGACCCUCAGAAAAUACCGUGCAGAAAACAGAACUCCCUCUAACUAGCAAAAAGCUAGUUAGCAGUUUAAAAAUGACAAGGAGAUUUGAUAGACCGGAACAUAAAAGGAACUUUGUCUUGUUAAGGUCUUCAUUUGGACAGAGUAGGUCUUUUAGAUUAAAAAGGCAGGUUAAAAGAAGGUACAGUUUGUUGGGUAAUAGUAAGAGAGGCAAGUCUGAAACUCGGAGAGUACACAUGAAGCGUAUCUCCAGCACACAGCUUAAACCAGGUGAUUCAAGCCCUAUGUCACAUACAGAAUUAGAAACAGAUGCUAAAAGUAAUUGUAAUACUACUUCAGAAAUACAAGAUCUUGCUGAAGAUAAGCCAAAUACCCUUUCUUCCAGCACUACAGAUACUAAAGAUUCUGAUGUUAAACUUACUGCUGGUCAUGGUAUUCUUCAUACUUGCAUUGAUUGUGGUCAUGUUUUUCAGAACAGAAAAAGUUUGGAAAUUCAUGUUGCAAAGCUUCAUAGAAAAAGGAUCCAGUUUCAUUGUCAGACGUGCAGUUAUUCCUCUGGAGUCAGGGAAGACAUGAAGCAGCACUGUCAGGACAGUAAACACCAGAUGGGUGGUUGUAGCUUUAAUUGUCAACUCUGUUCAUUUACCAGCUUGAAUGUGAUCAGCCUUCGAAGCCAUAUGAGUGAAGCGCAUAAUAUGUCCCAUAGUUGUCCAACUUGCAUUCUUUUUUUUCAAAUGGAAGAAGAGCUGUUAAAUCAUCAAAAAAAUGAAAAACAUGAUGGUUCGUUAUUUCAGCAAGCUACUCCAUUGAGUAAUAGUGAUCGGACCUUGCAAGUGGUAACUUAUGCUGACUCAGUAUCAAACAAUAGCCAAAAUCUUGCAAAGGAAAUGGAAGUAUCAAUGAAAGCAAAAACUCCAGACUCUUCCAUCAUGAAUCAUAGAAAUGAGCUAAAGCAUUCUGUUCUGAAUAAAACACAAUUUCAAUGUAAAAAGUGUUUUUAUAAGACAAGAUCUUCCACAGUUCUUACAAGGCACAUAAAACUCCGACAUGCACAGGAGUAUCACUUCCUUUGCAAAGCGUGUAAUCUCUACUCACUGAGUAAGGAAGGGAUGGAGAAGCAUAUCAAAAGAAGCAAGCACCUUGAAAAUGCCAGGAAAAACAACAUUGGACUACGUUUUGAAGAAUGUAUUGAAAAGGUUUGUGUUGGUGUUGGUGGUAUUAAAACGGUGGUGGAUCCUUCCGUUUCUGGGAGUGGGAAUAUAGAGUUGGAUAAAGAAAUUACACACGUCUCAUUCUCCUCUGUGGAAAACAUAUCGAGAAAUAAGGAAUUGGUUCCACUUGAUCAAAGGAUUGGUGAAAAUGAAUUGGUUUUAGCUAAUGCAUCCAAAAAAGGGAAACUCAAAGGCACUAUUUCUAGGACAUGCACCCAUUGUGGUCUUUUGGCCUCCAGUGUUACAAACUUAACUGUUCACAUCAGACGAAAGCAUAGUCAUCAGUACAGCUACUUGUGUAAAGUUUGCAAUUAUUACACUGUAACCAAAGGAGAUAUGGAACGCCACUGUGCAACAAAAAAACACAAAAGUCGUGUUGAAAUAGAAGGGUGUGGAAAACAGAACUCGGAGAUCAUCGUUAGCCCCGAAGGAGGUAAUUUUGAAUCCAUGAGCAAGAAGGUUAACAGCCCCAUGACUGCCUUGUAUGAACAUGUUGAGGAUUGUAGCCAGUCAUCAGAUUUGGAAAAUUCUGUCUUAGACAAUCAGGAAGUUGAGCAAGGAGAUGCUGAGCUAGAAGUUGCAAAUACCAGUAGGCUGCCAGAUCUGGAGCAUACUAGCAAUCCAUUAAAUACAAACCAACGUAUAUUUCUGGAACCAGCUAGGGUUACUCAGGAUGGUGACCCAUGCUUCCAGAGAAGAGCAGUGGGUGCAAAUGACAACAAGUGUGUACACUGCAGCUUCAUUGCUCAUUCUUCUUCUUCUUUAGAGCUGCAUGUGAAACGAAAACAUACUAAACAAUUUGAAUAUUACUGCAUGGCUUGUGACUACUAUGCUGUUACUCGCAGAGAGAUGAUUAGGCAUGCAGCAACAGAGAAACAUAAAAUUAGAAGAGAAUCUCAUGUGUAUUCUUCUGGGGAAGAAGCACACACAACAAAUAUCACUAAAAAUGGUGCUGCUUUGUCUCAAGAGAAGCACCAUCACAGUGCAGGAGAACUGAAAACUGUUUUAGGUGAAACGAAACAUGCCAAUGACAUAGCAGAAGGUGAUCAUAUGAAUAAAAGCUUAACAGAGUGUAUUGUCUUAGAUGAAAAUGCAUCUCCAGGAAUGCCUGACGGUGGCAGUUCCCAAAAUGCAAUAGAAGGUGAGCUUGAAGAGGAGUCUAAAAAUGGAGGAGAAAACCUUUUUUGUGAGGGAUUCCAGCAAACUCCUCAGAAAGAUAAAGCUGUUAAACUUGACAAGGAGGUAUCAGUUAAAGAAGCAGGUACUUGUCAGUUGCAGAAAAGUAGGCAUGGUCAGGAGCUGCUCAACUCAGAUGAUGAUUGCACUGCAGAAAAUCAAAAUAGAUCAGGCAGCACAAACUUGAAUUCAGGAAGAGGCAAGGAAAGCUUGGAAGCAAAUAGAGAAAACCCUGAAGUAGUGUGUAGAAACACAGACAUUCUGAAAAAAAAUAACCCACUUAUGCUAACUCUUCCAGAAACAAGUAGUGCAGUAGAGCAAUCAAAUUUUGCUGGAAACAUUGGAGAAACGGUACAAAAUAUACAUAGUUUAGAGGGUGACAGAAGUUUCAAAGAGGAUCCUACUGGGGAGGAGGAAGAAGCCCUUAUGGAAGCACAACAUGAAGCAGAAGUAACUAUAAAUAAUGAUCUUUGGGAGGCAGAUGGCUCAACAGCUGAGAGCAUGCAAGAAAGUAGUAAUGAGGCUUUGGGAACAGUUAUCAGUGCUGAUGAUAAAGGAAAGGCAAUGCAAAAUUUUGGCAAGUUUGAUUCUUCUAUAGUGAGGUUAAAAAGCCAUCAAGAUGGGGAGGGCACUGACCAUUCUGCUGAAGGACAGAUGUCAGGUGGAGUGAGAACUAGUGAGCUCACAGUGAAAGCAGACCCUUCACCAAACGGUGGGAAAAGGAAGAAGUCAGAAGGAAUUUCCCUUGGGGAAUCGACACGUAUUCGCUGCGAUGACUGUGGUUUUCUAGCAGAUGGUUUGAGUGGACUAAAUGUUCACAUAGCCAUGAAACAUCCUUCAAAAGAAAAACAUUUUCAUUGUUUACUCUGUGGAAAAUCGUUUUACACAGAGAGCAACCUUCACCAGCACUUGGCGAGCGCUGGGCACAUGCGAAAUGAGCAGGCAAGCGUGGAGGAGCUGCCCGAAGGAGGCGCUACCUUUAAGUGUGUGAAGUGCACCGAGCCCUUCGAUUCAGAGCAGAGCCUGUUUCUCCACAUCAAAGAGCAACACGAAGAGCUGUUGCGGGAAGUGAAUAAGUACAUUGUGGAAGACACUGAGCAAAUAAACAGGGAGAGGGAAGAGAAUCAAGGCAAUGUCUGCAAGUAUUGUGGGAAGAUGUGCAGAAGUAGCAAUUCCAUGGCCUUCCUAGCUCACAUCCGUACCCAUACAGGAUCAAAGCCAUUCAAGUGCAAGAUAUGCCACUUUGCAACAGCUCAGCUCGGAGAUGCCAGAAACCAUGUCAAGAGGCACCUUGGGAUGAGGGAAUACAAGUGUCAUGUCUGUGGGUGA